AUGCAAACAAGACAAUGGUCUCUGACACAACCGGACGAUAAGAUUCUAUCCAUUCUCCCAUAUGUCAAAGGAACAGAUUGGAUUGGCAGGAUAUUAAACAAGCACAAUAUCCAAACUAUCUUUAAACCACCCAAAAAGAUAGGACAAAUCUUAACAAAUCCUAAAGAUCAAAGACCUCCACUCAGCUCCGCAGGAGUAUACGAAAUACCUUGUUCCUGUAGGCAAGUAUACAUUGGAGAAACCGGGAGAAUGGUCAAUCUACGGAUGAAAGAACACCAACGUGAUGUCAGGCUAAAACAUGUCACGCAGUCAGCAUUAUCAGAACACAACAUCGAAACGAGACAUCAAAUACUGUUUGAUAAAACGACCACAAUAGCCAACAUUACUUCAUACUUUCUAAGGAAGUAUAGAGAAGCCAUAGAGAUACAGAAACAUCCUAACAAUCUGAAUAGAGAUAAUGGCUACAACAUAAAUAAGAUGUGGAAGGUCAUUCUCCCGAUUAUUGAGGACUGA